UACACAGGUCUCUGUGUCAAGACUUGGUUGAUUCUCAAACCUUGACUUUGCAUCCUUUUCAUUUCCACCUCGACUGGUCAUCCUGCUGUGUUUGAACAUGGCCAAGGGYGAGCAAAGUAUUUCUGACGCCGAGGGGUAUUUCCAGGAGCCAGGACCAACCGUCACGUUUGACAAGCUGCACUACUGUGUUCGAGAAACAAAGUUCUGCCGCAAGAUCGGUCCUGACAAACUGAUCCUCAAAGAUGUCAGUGGCAUUAUGAAACCAGGCAUGAAYGCAAUCAUGGGAGCAACUGGGAGUGGCAAAACAUCACUCCUGGAUGUAAUCGCAGGCAGAAAGGAUCCUGCUGGACUCCGUCAGGGACAGGUCCUGGUGAACGGCAGACUUGUCACUUCUGAGCUCAGACUCAGUUCUGCCUAUGUGGUCCAGGACGACAUCCUGAUGGGAACUCUGACAGUGAGAGAAAACCUCUUGUUCAGUGCCAACCUGCGACUCAGCCCAAAGUUUUACUCCUCCGCUGAUAAAAACAGCAGAGUGAACUCUGUCCUGAAAGACCUGGGCCUCACAGACUGUGCUGACACCAAGAAGACAGUAAAAACUCACUGGCAACACAGUACCGCCGGUCCCAGCUGUACCGGACCGUGAUGGAGGAGCUCGAGGGCCUGACGCAGAGUGCAACCGAGGCAGCCGCAGGCGAAGAACAGGCGCCUGCUUAUGUCACCUCCUUCCUCUAUCAGAUGAGGGUGGUGUGUGGCAGGACGGUGCUGAACAUUUUAAGGAACCCUCAGACCUCUUACGCCCAGCUAGCUCUCAACAUCUUUUUUGGGAUCCUGGUGGGACUCAUUUACUACCAGAUGCCCCUGACUCUGCCCGAGGCCUUACAGAACAGGAGUGGAGCCUUUUUCUUCCUCAUCAUCAACAUGGUAUUUGGGAAUCUUUCUGCUGUUGAGCUCUUUAUCAAUGAGAGGGUGAUUUUCAUUCAUGAGAACUCUAGCGGUUAUUAUCGAACAUCWGUUUACUUCCUGUCCAAGAUCUUUGCUGACCUCAUCCCAAACCGCAUGAUCCCCAUAUUUGUGUUUUCAGCCAUCGCUUACUUUAUGAUGGGUUUAAAGCCAGACUUUGUGGCCUUCAUCCUCUUCGCUCUGACCCUGUCUCUGGUCAGUCUGGCAGGAGUUGGUCUGGCCUUCCUUGUCUCAGCGAGCGUCUCCACAUUUGCGAUGGCUAAUAUCCUCAUCGCUUUGCCCUUUGUCUUCAUGAUGGUCUUCGGUGGUUAUCUUGUCAAUCUCAACUCCAUGCUGAGCUGGUUGUCCUGGCUGAAAUGGGUCAGCAUAUUUAGCUAUGGCCUGAACGCUGUUUACAUCAACGAGAUGAAGGGCCGGUUGUUCUACAGCAACAACACCAUUGUCCCGGGGGAGGUGUUCCUGCAGGGCAUGGGCAUCGACUACUCCACGUGGGGCUUCUGGCAGAACCAGGUGGCUCUGCUGGGAAUCAUUGUUGUCUGCAUGAUCCUGGCCUACGUGCAGCUGCUGCGAAUCAAACGCUGGAAGUAAAUCUUGCCCAUCUGUUUAUGUGCACAACCACACAUUCUUUAUUUUGUUUAUUUAACAGAGGAUAAAACUAUUACAU